UUGGCUGAUUGCCGAUCAAAUCGGGUAUCUGCAGCUUAUUAAUGACAAAGCCAAGCUGCAAAGUUUUCUAAUCCAGAAUGCUUCAACAUGUUAGUGUGCACACUUAAGUUGAUUUUGUCAUUUGCCUAUUGAGUUCGAUGAAGGAUGCUGAGGAUCUGUUAGCUAAUGUAGAGCAAGGACAAUCAAUCCCUCGCCUAGAUUCCCUUCUUCCAGUCAUGAAGGCACUAAUUGCUGAUUCUUUUUUGAAACAUUCUGUUGAGGGUGUCAGAGUUUCUGUAGCAUAUUGCCUCAGUGAGCUUAUGAGGAUAAGUGCGCCUGAAGAACCAUACAAUGAUGACCAGAUGAAGGUGAUUUUUGAGUUAAUUGUGGAGUCAUUUUCGAAGUUAUCUCAGGCAUCCCCGCAAUAUUAUGAGAAGGCCCUCUCCAUACUUGAGACUGUUGCAUGGGUCAAAGCAUGCCUUCUUAUGCUUGACCUUAAAUGAGACACACUAGUAGUCCAGAUGUUUCAAAAUUUCUGGGCAAUCAUUAGGUAAAAGGCUCACCCGAUACAUUUAUUAUUUAUCUUAUAUUCUUCUUUGAGUAUGAGAUUUAGACUUGUUUUGAAAGACUGAAAGCUCUUCUAUUGAUGAAAAUAGAGGGGAACUUUUCGUAAUUGAUCCAUAUUCGAGAGGAUAAUAUUGCUAUUUUUGAGUCCUUCAA